CAGAUGAGGAGGAGAAAGCAAGUGCAUAGAGUGCUGGAAAAUCAACAGUCUCAACGUGUCGUUUCGCUUUUUAAGUAGUCUUACCGCAGUCGUAUUAAAACGGCUGGCAAGAUGCAGUAUAAUCGACAUCGAGUCCGCAUGAAAGGUUUUUACUGGUGAUUUCUCCAUCCUCCUCACAAUCUUGAUAGAUGACUUCUCGAAGCGGGGACACAACUGGACACGUUGGACUUUUAUUUAUCACUCUGCUCCAAAAAAUAACAUUGUGAAAGGAUAUAUGACACGAGACCAGAAAUUAUCCGUCGUUCAGAUGAACAUUUACUGACUGCUACACCAGCUCACCUUGGAAGGAAGAAGGGGAGUGACUCUUGAACCUCAUGCCUCCACAAAGCCAUUCAUGAGGCAAGCCUUCCUCCACACCAACAGACCAGCAUGGAGAAAGGGCUCCGAACACGACUAGAAACAGGAGUGGCAGAUGAGAAAGACCAUCUUACUCAAGGGAAGAACCCAUUAGCAGGGAGCGCUGACUUGGGACAUGAAUGUUGCAAACGUAAUGGUUUGAUCAAUACCCACAACUUAACGGUGGAGACUAAGGAAGGACUGGUGUCGGUCUAUUCUGCUCCACAGUACCAGGGCCACGUGGUGUCCAAGGACAAAAAUGGGACACCGGAUGGUAGAGGACCCCCACAGUUGCUCAACCCCAGCACCCUUCCCCAGGCUAUAGACCCUUACUACAGGCCCAACCUCAUUCUCUAUCCCGAGAGCGUGUUGAGAGCAUGGGGAGAGGGAGGGGACUGCUGUGAGACCACCUUCAUUGAGGACAUGACCCCUGCCUCGUCUGCCACAGCUGUCACUAAAGACGGGAUUUUGUUCUCUGACAGCAGGCUUCUGGAUCUCUCUAUGGAAGACGCCAAGAUUCAGACACUGUCCUAUGAUGUAGAUGACGACGAUGAUGAAUUUCAAGAACUCGAGAGUGAGUACUCAAGUGACUCAGAGAGUGAAGACAAUUUCCUCCUGAUGCCUCCGAGGGACCACCUGGGCCUCAGUGUUUUCUCCAUGCUCUGCUGUUUCUGGCCCCUGGGAAUUGCAGCUUUCUACCUGUCUCAUGAGACUAACAAAGCGGUGACUAAAGGGGACUUUCACCGUGCCAGCUCCAGCUCCAGACGUGCGCUCUUCCUCGCCGUACUGUCCAUCACCAUCGGGACGGGCAUCUACGUGGGUGUGGCUGUGGCCCUUAUCGCAUACCUCUCCAAAAACAAUCACUUGUAGCCUUUUCAUGCCCAAACCACUCUUUCUUUUCAGCAGUCAGAUAAAGACUGGUUUACUUUGGGAUCAGCUUUUUGAGAAAACGCCCAAAGGUCACAAUAUGGGACUCACCAGCAAUGUGUUCCACUCCUGCACUUUUAAAAGUCACGUUCCCAUUUCAUUGGGAACAUAAUUGUUUGUGUAAAUGUCCUGAUCACCUCUCUGCAUUUUCUUGUGAAUAUGCCGACACCACAAAAUUAUUAUUAUUAUUGUUUUUUUGUGCUCAACGUUUGUGCAAGUGCAAAUCUAAUGCUACACACAUGAUAUUUUGGCCAAAUUAAAGUCAAUUUGAAAUCAAAAGGGACCUCAUUUACUUAAGUAAAGAACUGAUUUACUUAAUGCAUGUUCCUGCUCAUAUUGUGCACAUUGUUCCCAAGAAAUCGUUCAUCAAAAUUGAAUCUUUUGCUCCGCUACUGAAACAACUUUCCUAUUUGUCAUCAGAUAGCAUUGAAUAAUGGAUGGCCGAUCCAAUAAAUUCCCACUAGAUGAAAUCAAACCGGUUGCACCAGCUGUGCCUAAGUUACAACUUAGCCUAAUUGCAAAAGAAUUUUAGAAAGUAAAAGAAAGUACAACUUACACACUACUAAAUAUAAUUUGUUGCACCAUUAAAAUUUGUUGAAACAUAACUCUACGUAUAAACUAAAUAUUUAUGGAAGCCUCCAACCAGGAGUAACAGUCAGAAUAAAACAGCAGAUUGAUUGAAUUGCAGCGGAUGCACACAAGACUGAGGCGCCAAGCACCAAGCACCAAGGGCAAUCUCAGCACUUCAAAUGGAAGUGUUUCCGCUGGUUGAAUCCCCGUAGGCCUCCCAUUCCUCAGCACACUCAUUCAGUGGAGUUCACGGAUGAGUUAGGCGGUUCACCUUUGGGUGAAUUUAAUUUCUCAUUCGGGGCUCUCGAAAAUGAUGAACUGUUGAUGGCAGCAUCGAAGGGUAGCGGAUGACUCGCCUAGGCCCCCACUAUCUCGUGUGAUGGCGCAGGCUGAGGCUAAGAAGGCUGCUGUGCUUGCCCGGGCCACCCUGUCCAGUGCUUUCGCGGUUGGAUGAUUGGUUUCUGAGCUCGAAGCGUGAUGCACAGUUGCACUCUGUCCCAGUGCCUUUCUUCCAGAAAGUGCACCAGGAGCUCCCUGCAUGCCAUAGCCAUCCUGCAGGUCCAUCAGGUUAAGGCAUUGAAAGAACUGCAUGAGGGCAGGUCCAACCCAAGGCUAAUGAAGGAGCUGUGCUCAGCGACAAAAGUCACGACACAGGCUAGGUGGACAUCUGGGUCAGACGAUGUCCACCUAGGAGCGCCAUCUAUGGCUUAACCUUGCCGAGAUGCAAGAUGCAGGGAAAGUGCGCUUUCUCGACGCUCCCAUCUCCCAAGGUGGCCUCUUUGGCAACACUGUUGAGGUCUUCUUACAACAGUUAAAAGCAGUGAAGAAGCAGAUGGAGGCAAUCAGACACAUCCUG